AAGCUGGCCAGUCUUUUGUUUCAACAUUUAUACUUUACAUCAUUACACAAGCAUGUGUGUUGAGUGUAUUAAACUUGUAUCCACGGUUCUGAGUGGUAGUCAGAAAUGUACAGGAACUCUGAUGUGAUCAAAAAUAUCAAAUGAAAAGUUUUGCUGUGAAUACUGACUAAAGAAAUGACUGUUAUUUGGAAAUUAUUAAGAAGUGGUAUGAUGACUCAUGUUUUGUAAUGCAUGCAUCUAAUAAGUCUGUCACUUUAGAAGACCUUAAUAAGUUACUGUUUGAAGGUUUAAUUCCAUAUACUAGCAGAAAAAAUACAAGAAGUUCUUAAGAUAAUAUAUGAUGUUCUUUUUGUUUCCUUUUGGCUUAAUUUUUUUAUAACUUAAUUACAUCUGUGUACAUUUUUUUAUCAUUAAAAGAGCAGCGAAGAGGAAAUUAAACCAAAUGUUAGUACUUUAUACAAGAAAAAUAUAUAGAACUGGAAAUGUGCUUUAAAUAUACAUCAUUUUAAUAACCUGAUUUAUAACAAUGUAAAAGACUUGAGAAUUUCAUAUUCUUGAUGGAGUUCUGCCCAGUAGCAAUAAAUGUAAGAAACCUCAUCACGAAAGGAUGCCUUUACAUAUUGGGUUACCUAAUCUCAUCAUCCACGUUACUAAAUGCCUUGCUCAUCAUUCCUUAACCCUUUGGCAGGCAGCAUUAUCACCACUUUUGUUGUUCUACAGCUUUUUCCAAACAGUUUGGAACUGUAUAACUACUGUGCUGUGCAGGUGGAUGUUACAUGCAGAAAUGGAGUCCAGUGAUGUCAACCUGUGGGUGAAGUCUGAGCCAUUUAUUGUGGGUGCCUUACCAAUUCCACCGCCUUCCAAGUUCAGCAUGUACUAUUUGCGAAAGAUAGCAGCUUAUGUGCGUACCAGAGCAGAUGAUGGCUGUUAUCCAAAGCUCUUUUGGCCCAUGUGGAGGCAUAUUGCUUGCGGGAAGCUACAGUUGGCAGAGGACUUGGCCUGGCUUUACUUUGAGACAUUUGAUAGUUUAGUGGAGCGAACUGCGCAAGAGAGGCUAGAAUGGGCAGAGGCUAUGUCGAUCUGCACCUCCAAUGACGAAAUGGAAAAACUGAAAAAUAAGAUUUCCAUUGACACACUGCAAUUCCUGUUGUUUCUGUAUAUUCAGCAACUGAACAAAGUUUCUUUGCGGACCUCAUUAAUAGGGGAGGAAUGGCCAAGCCCUAGAGCAAGAUCUCCUUCAUCAGACCUUGACAGAAAGUAUAAUUCUCAAAAUAAGAACUGGGACGAUCAAACCCAUUUGGCUUUUGUACAGAACCAUCUGUUGGAUUUACUUGAACUGCUUCUAGACCCUGAACAACUGACUGCUUCAUCGCACACAAUCCACAACAGCCCUCUCUCCCCAGAAGCGGUGAAGAGCCUUGACUUCCUUAUUGAGGGCACCGUUGACAAGAACCGAUCUGUUCACUCCUUAUAUAGUCUAGCAAUUUGGCAGCCCAUGUGGGCUAAAAGUGGUUACUCCAAGCUUUCUAAUAUGUUCUCAUUCAGUGUAUUACAUUCAUGGCUGAAAAACACCCUGAGCCUAAAUCCAUUUGGCACAUCUGCUUGUUUAAAGUUUGGGAGGAAACUAGCGUGGGUACAACAAGUUGAAGGAACUCCAAAGAGAGUAAAGAUUGCAUGCAAUACUGACAAGGCACCAGAAACCCAUAAACUGGUAAUAAUGACCCAGGUCUGUAAACAAAUUGUUGCUAAAAGCUCAGAUGAGUUAGUUGGAGCACACGUAAAAAUUCAUCGCUGCAGUGAUUCUUCUAUUUACCUUCUUUCUCCCUUGAGAUCUGUAACGGUUGACAAAUGCAGGAACAGCACUUUUGUCUUGGGUCCAGUGCAAACUUCAGUGCACAUACAUAAUUCUGAUAAUGUUAAAGUAAUUGUUGUCUGUCACAGAUUGACUGUUUCCUCUUCCACCGUGUGUACUUUUCACACCCUGACGCAUACACGGCCUGUAAUCUUAACUGGGAAUGAGAGUCUAACAUUUGCACCCUUUAAUACACAUUAUGCCACGCUGGAGGACCAUAUGGCAUGGACUGGGCUAGCAACUGUUCCUAACUACUGGAACCAUCCUGUGAGUCUAGGAGUUGAAAACAGUGCAGAGGAACUCUUUCAUUUGCUGGCUCCUGGUGAGUUCCACAUAUUCAUAGUUCCAUUCGAAAUGAAAGGGGAUACCACAGAAAUACCAGGGGGAUUGCCUCUUCCGUAUGAAAAAGCUGUGUGUCAUCAGAAACAGAAAUUAGAAAUGUGGCAGAAAAUGGUGAAGGAAACAGGCCUUGCCAAAGAACAGAAGUAUUAUUUUCAGAAGCUGGUGGAAAAGGAAUUUCAUCAAUGGCUAAUUGAAACAGGACAUCGACAUGAACUGCACAACUUGAUACUUAUAGCUGCUAGUUCGAAAGAAACAGCUGGUUAAGGCGAAUGUAAAAAUAAAAAAAAAUGGAGAAGAACUUUAUUCCUCACCUUUCACAGGGAGCACUUAAAAUUCCUUUCUAGUGAUCUGUUAUUUAUUUGCAACUUUCUAUAAAAUUUAAAAUGGUGAAAAUUGUCCUUAAUUGUGCUACAGUAUUUGCAAAUCUGGAAAACAAUAUUUUUUACCAUGGUUGAAGAUAUCCCUAAAAAGUAAUCUUUGGGGGUGAAUUCUAACAAUAAAUAAUACACACACUUG